CUGUGGAGCUCACUGUCUCAGGACCCUCUGAAGCCUUUAACCCACCACCCUCAAGGCCUAUGACAACAGAUGGAUUGGAAAGAUACCUGCAAGCUCUGAUCGGAGUUUCUGUGGCCUUCCUCCUGAUCCUCUUCAUCCUUGUCUUCCUUCUUCUCCGACGAAAGCAUCAGGGCAAAUUCAGGAAGAAAGCCCAGGAAGAGACAGAAUUGCAGCUUCCUGCAGGAACUACAGUGCCAACAACCAGAGAUAGGGGCCCCCAGAAGAGAUCCAACCCAGCUGCUGCCACCCAGGAAGAAAGCCUCUAUGCUUCAGUGGAGGACAUGAAACCUGAGAAUGGUGAUGAGCUGGACAGUUCGAGACCACCUGAGGAAGACCCUCAGGGAGAGACAUAUGCCCAGGUGAAACCCUCCAUGCACAGGAGGGCAGAAGCUGGCCUACCUUCUGUCCUGUCAAGAGAAGUCCUGGAAACAAAAGAUGGAAACAAAACAGAAGAGGGCAGAGAGAUGGACACUCAGGCUGCUGAUUCUGAGGAGCCCCAAGAUGUGGUCUAUGCCCAGCUGUGUAGCAGGUCACUCAGACAGGGGACAGCUGUACCUCCCCGCUCCCAGUCAGGGGAAGCCACGGAGGAGCCCAGUGUAUAUGCUGCCCUGGCAGUCACUCGACCAGGUUCUGUUCCCGAUGACAAGGAGCAAUGACCUUCGCCUGCCAAGAGUCCUCACAGAGACCUCCAGACAUUCUGGGAACCCUUGCAAACCUGACUGUGCUAUAACUAACAUCAUACAUUCUGGAAAUAAAAUAGAUUUCUUAAUAA